AUGGCACGUCGAUCUACGGCGCGUCCUGCCCCGCGCAGGACGGCGCGUACACGCCGUGAGAUGCAAGCGAAAGACCACAUUCCCGAAGUCUAUCAAGAAAUGUUAGAAGAGGCGGAGGCUCGAGAUCCUGCACAAUUUGAUUCAGAUCGCCCUGUCAAGAGAAGAAGAUUAGAAGGUUCAAAUGGCAUACCAACAAGAGCUAUUCCUAUUGACACUUCCCAGCCAGCGAAAACAGAAUCUUCACGAGCUCCGGAACCAAAGAGUGCUCAAAUUCAACAGGUCGUGUACGACUCCACCACAUCCGAUGAAUCUGACAUUGAAUGGGAAGAUGUGGAUGUCGAACAACAUACUCCGAAUCUCUAUGUGAAUAAAACUGCCGAUGAAGGGAGGGACGACACUCUACAAAUCACUUUGGAACGACAACCCGAGUUCCAAAAGAAGGCAAUCAUCAGGAGAAAACCAGUCACUGCGGCCGAGAAGAAACUGAGGUUAGAUGCCCACAAGGCGCAUCUCCUCUGCCUCCUCGCACACGUGCAACUUCGAAACCGAUGGUGCAACGAUGACAACCUGCAGAGCCAUUUGAAAAAAAUGCUACCACGGAAAAUCAUUGCCCUCCUCAACCCUGACGAAACCAAGCCGCAGUUUGCCAGAUCAACAACUUUUAUUGAUGGUCUUAACCAGGCUGGUGAUGUCUUUAGCCGGAAAUUCCGUGUCACGAAAAUGGGUCUGCGACGAGCGCAUUGGGCAGAGGAUCCCACUCAGUUGAAACAGAAGAUGGAAUCAAUCAUGUCUACUACCGAUAUCUUUUUUUCAAAAGAAGAAUUUAUGUCCCAAGCGAAGCUAUUGCAAGGCUCUCGCGACUUUGGAGCGCAGUUGUUCUGUGCGCUGCUGAGGUCAGCUGCCGUAGAGACCCGACUCGUGUGCUCUCUUCAGCCCCUGCCUUUCUCAGGGACUGUCAAGGACAUGACGCCUGCAAAAAAACCUAAACAAUACAUUGUCCUCUCUUCCGACGACCAUGAAACGUCCAACGACGAAAGGAAAGAACGAUCGAAGCCUUCGACGACUCCGUCCCGGAUAAGGCGAAUUGGGAGACCGGACUUUCAUUCGCACCCCACUCCGGUCACCUCCGUACGUGAAACUACUCCCCGUGAGUCACCGCACCCGGUGUUCUGGGUAGAGGCCUUCAAUGAAGCCGUCCAGAAAUGGAUACCAGUCGAUCCACUGGUGACCAAAUCCUUGGCCAAGCCGUCAAAAUUCGAGCCUCCAGCGAGCGACAUGUACAAUGGCAUGGCCUAUGUGGUUGCAUUUGAAGAUGACGCUUCAGCGCGGGAUGUCACUAGACGCUAUGCCAAGGCCUUCAAUGCAAAAACGCGCAAGACUCGGGUGGAAUAUACACGCAAUGGGGAUGAAUGGUGGAAAGGCGCACUUGCCGCCUAUGAAAAGCCAUUCUUGGAGGACAGAGAUGAAGCGGAAAUCAGCGAGCUUACAGCCAAGUCUGGUGCUGAACCCAUGCCACGCAAUAUCCAAGAUUUCAAAGACCACCCUGUCUACGCCCUGGAGCGGCAUUUGCGGCGAAAUGAAGUCAUCCACCCCAAACGUGUGAUCGGUCACGUCGGCUUGAGCAAGGCAGGCUCGAAGAGCGAUGGCCUGGAGACCGUUUAUCGCCGAUCUGAUGUGCAUAUUGUCCGCAGUGCUGACAAGUGGUAUCGCCUCGGGAGGGAUGUCAAAGUAGGUGAACAGCCAUUGAAACACGUGCCAGCAAAUAAACAAAAAAGUGGAUUUGCCAGUGACGAAGAGGAGGAGGAUGAGAAUCAGGAGACCCCUCUUUAUGCUGAAUAUCAAACGGAGAUAUACCGACCGCCUCCCGUGGUAAAUGGAAGGAUACCGAAGAACAACUACGGCAACUUGGAUGUGUAUGUGCCCAGCAUGAUACCACCGGGAGCGGUUCAUGUCAAACAUCCCGACGCAGCUCGCGCCGCGAGAAUCUUGGGCAUUGACUAUGCCGACGCGGUUACGGGCUUUGAGUUCAGGGGCCGUAGGGGUACGGCGGUCUUUGGAGGAAUUGUUGUUGCCAAAGAGAAUUACGAAGCUCUUGAGGAGACAGUAAACGGCAUUGCGGAUGAACGCCGUCAAGCUGCGAUGCACGCGAGGAGUGAAGAGUCGCUGCGACUGUGGCGCCUGUUCUUGACAAAACUUAGAAUCGCGGAGAGAGUGAAAGCCUACGCAAGUGAGGAUGAAGAUAUGGAGUUUCCUCCCGAGGCUAUCGACUCAGGAACUGAGGGAGAUGCAUCCGAAGAGUCUGAGACGGGGCAGCUGCCUGAGCAAGCAGGAGGAUUUUUCACAGGAAUGUGUGAUAGCCCUGGUGAAAGCCUUGCUGGUGGGUUCGUUCCCGAUGGGGAUGAUUCGUCCAACGACCACGAGGCCGGGGGCUUUAUCCCUGAUGAACCUGACGAUGACAGCCUUGCGGGUGGAUUCAUUCCCGAAGCUACUGCCCUGCCAGAUGGCCAACAAGUUGGGGGGUUCGUGCCCAAAACGAUUGAUGAGAAAGAAAAGAUCACGAGUCUGGAAGCACCAGUGAUUCAGUCAUCUGUCACAAAGCCGCACGCUUCGAUCACAACAGAGAAAGUUACAAGCUUUCACGGAAGCAAAAAGGCAAAAAGGUCUAAGCCUCCUCAUUAUGAACUGAUCGUUGUGCCUUCACACAAUCGAGUGCCAGUACCAUCACAGAACGAUAUCAAACUUCCAGAAAGGGGGCUUGAGGGUUCAUCUGCAAUUCUUCCAAUCACAGUGGACUCCUCCACACUCGGUGACUCCAAGCCUGCCAGCUUAGGCACAACAUCACGUCCACCAUCGCCUGAGAACCAAGAUCCUGCGCCCUUGAAAGCCGCUCCCGAGAGUGACAGCGAGCUCGAGAAAGGGUCCUUACUAUCUGAAGAUCCAGAAGAUGAGGAUGCCAUUCCCGAAUGGCUCGUGUGA